GGCAGCACGAAUCAUGGCUAUUACUCUUCGGUGGAUCAGAUGAACGGUGGUAUGCUUGUUGAAGCUGGUAUUCCUAAAAUUCCAAGAGCAUUUGGACGAGGAGCCUCAUUUUCCCAACAAGACCUCCGUCCGGGAGCAUUUUCGUCCAUGGCAAUGUACCACCAGCAGCAAUACCACGAACGCUCCAUGCACAGCGAAUUCAAUGCGUCCAUGUUCAAUGGCUACUUUCAAUCAGCCACAAUUCCUCCUCGCUCACACUCGGUCCUCGGCCUCGCCGUGUCCGUCUACGACGAAGCCGCAGAAUUUCCCCCUAGAGGUCGCCCGCAUCACCUUGCCCCGUACUCGACGCAAAGCCUGGACAGACGCUUGUUUUCCAAGUCCCGGCAACGAUCGGCGUCCAUGGACGGGCUGCACGUUCGACGAGGCAGCGGUGGCGGCGGCGGUCGGAGAGACGACUUCGAGAUGUAUAGGAACCACGGGAGCAUGAGCAGCAUGGGCCAGAGUGCGGAGAGCGACGAUGUGAAGCAGUAUCGCGACGUGGCUUUGUGAGGAGUGUCAUUUUUUUUUUUGAAUGCAUCGUUAUUUUUGUUCGUUUGGGUAUACGUAAUGACGCGAGUCUUCCAAAGAUAUUUUUUGAAGGUAUUUUACGAGCGUUGCUGAAGUUCGCGAAAGGCAGGUUGAUCCUGGAUCAGACACCUUUUUUUAAUUCCUGCGGAUCUUCUUACGAUUUGUUACAGUGUUGGGAGUUUGUAAGAAUCACUAGGCAGCUUUUUCCUCGAAAUAGGAACGAACGAAAUUUCCUAUGACUCCAUGCCAUGGUUUCGAGGGCACGUUAUUUAUGAAGGUGUGCUGAGAUCAAGUCAUUUUUCUUUUUCUGGCUUCAGACCUGUGUUUUAUGGUGACAUUUUUCCGCGAUGGAGGAGGAACAACUUUUUCCCCUGUGUCUCCCGUUUUCUCUGGUGUUUUCCGGAGAAAUUGGGAGGGUUUAUGUAGGAGCCAGUUUUACAUUGGAUAGUAGGAAUAUUUUAUUGAUCUAUUUAUCAGCAUCAGCUUUCAUUGUUCAAUGAAGUGUGAAGCUCAUCUAUUGACUUGUCUAAUUUUGUUGAGAAUCUCGUGAAAACCUCAUCUUUGAGAGUGUGACUUUUUUUUUUUUUUUAACGAAGACCGUAUCGUUACAAGUGUUGCAAAAAAAAAAAAAAAAGAAGAAGAAGAAACGAAGACAUUCCGCUCAUUUUCUGUGUGUUAAGAUGUGAUGGAGGGACCAGAGGACGUACUUCCUUUGACUCACUUGUUGUACUUGCUGCUAGAGCGGAUGUGAAGCUGACAGUAUUUCUUUUUAUGUCUCAUGUUGGAUCGUUAGUAUUUUUUUUUUCGCUUCAACGCCUGAUGUCCCGAACUUUUGAUUUGCGAUUUUUUUUUGCUGAUACAUUUGAACCUCAAAGUCGAAUGAUACCCCGUAUCGUUUUUUUUAAAGCCCUUGACUGAAUUCCCUGAGAAAAAAUGUAUUAAAAACCUCCCUAACUCGAAGGCUUUUCCUCUCAUCUCGACCGUCCGGAGCUCGAAUUUUCUGAAUCCUUUUGGCUAUUUUCUUGACGCAGGAAAGAGAAAUGCAUUAAAAGCGUAACUUCAUGUGUUUUGAAAGGAAGUGAAAGAAUAAUUUUGCGAAAAAAACCAUGCCUCUGAGUUCAGCAUCUUGCCAACUCAUGUAAGAAGUAAUCUGAGGUCUAGAAUAUCACCGAUUACAAUUUUCUGCAAUUCUUCUUUCUUUCCCUUAACACAAAUGCUUGUUUCUCCAACUUUAAACCUCCAUAACCCGGAUUUUUCUUCUGGAUUAUUGAAGUUUGACUAAUAGAGAUUUGACUCAUAGGUGUCGCCCGAAUCUUCUUGAACUUAAUGAGAUCCAGGAUUUGGUUAGAUUAUGUCGUAUGGGUUCGGAAAAUAUCCUGUAGGUCAUGGAAAUCAAUGCGAAUUUGAUUAGGUUUCCGUUCAGUGAGCUGGUUUAUUCGGGAGGCGCCUACUUUACUUUAAGUAGGAUCGGGCUUUAAAUUAAAAGCGUUUUUUUUUUUUUUUUUUU